AUGGCGGUUGUGUCGAAGAAAUGUAAAGAGCAAAGGGAAAUUAGCCCUGAGAGAACUAAGGUGUGGAAGGAGCCUCCAAAUAGCAAGCACCGGAAAGUUCCAGUUCUGUAUUACCUUUCCAGAAAUGGGCAGCUCCAGCAUCCCCAUUUCAUGGAGGUUCAUCUUUCCUCUAAUCAAGGCCUCUAUCUCAGAGAUGUGAUCAAUCGCUUGAAUUUUCUUCGUGGAAUAGGCAUGGCUUCGAUGUAUUCAUGGUCUUGUAAACGGAUGUAUAAGAAUGGAUUCGUUUGGCACGAUUUAUCUGAGAACGAUUUAAUCUACCCUGCGCAUGGUCAAGAGUACGUUCUCAAAGGGUCGGAGCUUGUGGACAACACGUUGUUUGAAACGGAUUCUUCUUUAGUUUCGAAGACGAAUCUGCCACCGCCGCUUGAAACCGCGAGGGACGGCGAGGAGGAGGUAGAUAUUCCGGCUAUGCACAGACGGCGGCGGAACCAGUCUUGCAGCUCGAUCGACCUCAACUUACAGGAGUACUGCGUAUACAGAGCAGAAUCCUCCGGAAGCGCCUCCGCCGAUGCGUCCACUCAGACCGACGAUAAGGGGCGGAGACACCACCACGCCCGGCGACCACUCAGAGAAGCUGAAGAAAAACAGCAUCACGAUAUCGUAGAAGAGAAUAGCGAGAUCGAGAUUUCACCACCAGCAUCAAAUUCAAGCUCCGAAACCUUAGAAACGUUAAUGAAAGCCGACGGCCGUCUUAUCCUUCAACCAGAGACAGUCAACGAAGGUCAAACGGCCAAAAAUCAAAGGUCCAAAACGACAUCAAUUCUGAUGCAAUUAAUAUCUUGCGGUUCACUUCCGUUUAAGGACUGUGGUCCUGGACAAGGAUUGAACAUAAUCUCCCAGUACAAGUUCAGACUGCCACGCAGCAGAGGAUCAGGGGAGUUGACUGCAGGAACUGGAAGAGCAAAAUUGGAGGGAAAAGAAUAUUUCAGUGGGAGCAUAGUAGAGACUAAGAAAGAGGAAUUUCUAGCUCUGAAAAGAUCCUCUUCUUUCAAUGCAGAUAGGUGA